AUCGUCUCUUUGCGUCCUACACAAUACACACUUGAUCAAAGAACACAACAAUGGCGGAACCACCAAAAGAGGUCCCCACCGAUGCGGUGCCGAAACCCGCUGCGCCCGCUGGUGAAGACCCCGCACAACCCUCAAAGAAAGGCGCAAAGAAAGCCGAGGCGAAAGCGAAGAAGGAAGCUGAGAAGGCACGAAAGGCUGCGGAGCGCGAGGCUGCCCAGGCCUCUUCUGCGGCCGCUGCUGCCGAGGAUCUAGCAAAGGACAACUAUGGCAAGAUCACUCACACGACGAAAGUUGACGCGGAACGUAGACACCUACGAGACCUUGGCGAAGCUGAUGUGGGCAAGACUAUCGAACUUCAAGCCUGGAUCCAGAAUGUGCGUAUGCAAGGUGCCAAGAUGGCAUUUCUGGAGCUGAGAGAGGAGGGUAAUUGGACCAUACAAGCCGUUGUGGCUGCCAGCCCGGAGGGGAAGCCCGUGAGCAAGCAGAUGGUGAAAUGGAUUGGAGGGUUGAAGUUGGAGAGUUUCGUGGUUGUAGAGGCCGUGGUAAGCAAACCACAUGAGCCAGUCAAGAGUGCGAAGGUAUCUGGAUAUGAGUUACAUAUCGUCAAGACAUACCUCGUGGCUCCAGCGCCGGAGAUGCUGGGCCUGGGUUUGGCAGCCGCGAGUCGAGCAGUUGGAAAGUUGGAUGACGAAGAAAUCUCAGACGCAGUUGAAGGUCUUAGCAUCACAGAAGGAACACCAGCAGCAAGUCUAGCAACCCAUCUCAACAACCCGGCCAUCCACAAGCGAGCACCGGUCAGCCAAGCUAUUGCCGAUAUUCGAAUCGAAGUCGAGGAACUGUUCCGUGAAUACUUGAGAGCACGGGGUUUCAAGAACUUCCACCCGCCAUCUUUAAUUGGCGCAGCCUCCGAGGGUGGUGCAAACGUUUUCAAGCUGACCUACUUUGAGAAGGAUGCAUAUCUAGCGCAGUCUCCACAGUUCUAUAAACAAAUGGAGAUUGCUGGUGGCAGAAAGAGAGUAUUCUGUGUUGGUCCUGUUUUCCGUGCUGAGAACUCCAACACACCAAGACACAUGACUGAGUUUAUCGGUCUUGAUCUUGAAAUGGAAAUCGAGAAGCAUUACCACGAAGUAAUGCACAUGCUAGAGGGGGUUCUCCUCUACAUUUUCCGAGGUCUCGCUGAGCGGUGCAAAGAGGAGAUUGCAACUGUCCGCGCCGUCUACCCUUCUGAGGAGUUUCUUCUCCCCGCCGAAGGCAAAGAGGUACGCCUUACCUUUGCUGAAGGCCAGAAGCUUCUCCGCGAAGAAGGCCCUCCUGAGUUCGCCAACGUCAGUGAUGACGAAGACAUGAGCACUGCCCAGGAGAAGGCAUUGGGCGCUCUGAUCCGAAAGAAGUACAACACUGAUUUCUACGUCUUGGACAAGUUCCCUAUUGACGCUCGACCCUUCUACGCCAUGCCUGACCCCGAGAACCCCAAGUUAACCAACGCAUAUGACUUCUUCAUGCGCGGUCAAGAGAUUCUGAGUGGAGGCCAGCGACUUCAUCUGCCGGAUCAGCUGGAGCAGUGCAUCCGAGCCAAGGGACUCGACCCCAACGAGCCGGGCCUCAAGAACUAUGUUGACGUUUUCAGAAGCGCCGGUGUUCCUCCUCAUGGUGGUGGUGGUAUUGGGCUUGACCGAGUGGUGGCUUGGUAUUUGAACUUGCCUACUGUACAGCUGGUGGCAGAUUAUCCUAGAACGCCAAAGAGACUUACUCCUUAGACUGUGACUCGCGGAUGGGGAUUGUUUGCAGUAUUGAGGAUCAUCAUGAGCUUGAUAGAUUUUAUCCACCUGU